GUGGCGCCGCGCCGCGGCUGACGUUGGACAACAAAGAUGGCGGCGGCGAGCAGCAACUACUGGGAAGACCUCCGCAAGCAGGCGCGGCAGCUGGAGAACGAGCUGGACCUCAAGCUGGUCUCCUUCAGCAAGCUCUGCACCAGCUACAGCGGCGCCCGCGACGGGAGGCGCGACAGGUAUAGCUCUGACACAACUCCUCUCUUAAAUGGAUCGAGCCAGGACAGAAUGUUUGAGACGAUGGCUGUGGAGAUCGAGCAGCUGCUGGGAAAGCUUACUGGAAUAAAUGACAAAAUGGCAGAAUAUACAAAUAGUGCAGGAGUCCCAUCCCUGAAUGCUGCACUGAUGCACACAUUACAGCGUCACAGAGAUAUAUUACAGGAUUAUACUCACGAGUUCCACAAAACCAAAGCAAACUUUCUGGCAAUAAGAGAAAGGGAGAAUCUAUUGGGAUCAGUACGAAAAGAUAUCGAAUCAUAUAAAAGUGGAUCAGGUGUGAACAACAGAAGAACAGAGCUAUUCCUGAAGGAACAUGAACACCUUCGAAACUCAGAUCGGCUGAUAGAAGAGACAAUAAGCAUCGCCAUGGCAACUAAAGAGAAUAUGACUUCGCAGAGAGGGAUGUUGAAGUCGAUACAAAGCAAAAUGAAUACCCUGGCUAAUCGGUUUCCUGCAGUGAACAGCCUGAUUCAAAGGAUCAACCUUCGGAAACGGCGAGAUUCGCUCAUCUUGGGUGGCGUUAUUGGCAUCUGCACCAUCUUAUUGCUGCUCUAUGCUUUCCAUUGAUGGAUGUUCCCCGUGGACUCUGCGAAACCUCAUCACCACCAUCCCUCGCCCCCAGUCAAGGAAAAGUGAGUGGGGGAAGAGACUUCCAACAGCCAGUUCCUUAGGGCUGGGAGUUGAGCAUGAUGUCUAGAGUUUACGGUGGUAGACUGCGACACUGGUUCUGGGUUGAAGCUGCAAUGUUUCUCCUUCCCUGCCGUACGUCCUCCUUUGGUUAAAUUUUACAUAAACGAUUUUUGCAUUUAAUUCCCUUUCUCACCACGAGGUAAGUGAACGCGUGGCACUUUUCAGCACCCCUGGAGCAGCUUCCACGCUCGCUGCCCAUGGGGAGGUCUGGUGGGAGGCUGAGAAGUGGGAAGUCUCUUUCCCCCCAGGCCAAGCACAGCACUGAACGCUUGCUCCUUGAGAAGGAUAUUGCAGCUUUAAGCCGUCAGGCUGGUUUACUACAAAAUAUGUUCUGUGAUUGUUUUUUAAUUCGUGGAUGAGAGAGUAAUAGUCACUUCUGCGUAACUUGUGCUGUGAAAACUGCUUCACACCAAUUUCUCAAAGGAUCGUUCAGUUCACUUUUUGCACAGAAUAUGAAUAAACUAAACUACCCUCUGACAAGCAUUUAUAAGGUUACUUGUGGCUUUAAAGGGACUAACACGUCCCCCUUUGUAAAAUAAAGGGAGCACAGCAUUCUAGCAGCUAUCUGCCAUAGUGUUCAGUCAUCUGAGAAGCGACCAAACACGAGUUCACCUAAAAGUAAUCUUUUGGGUCUAAAUACUCUGAUUUUGGCUGGCAUCACAAAAGUCUUUAUUAAAGACAUGAUAAGCAGUUCAAAAAGCCUAUAUUGUAAUUUAGAUAAAGUUAUUCUAAUAGCAUUAAUAUUUUUACACUGUAAGUAGGAUAUAAUCUGAACUGUCGAUUGGAAAUGGAUCCUAUGCUGGCUAUAGCUGGUGGCAAAUAUAUCUGUGUGCAAAACUUUUGGAUGUAACCCCUCAAAGUAAAGUGGUGAAUGUAUGAAUGGCUACAGAGUCAAACCAGUCUUAUUUACACUUAGCUUGGGGAGAAUGACAAUGGCAUUUUUUGUUUUCAUGUCCAGACAUGCAACGUGAAUCCUGUUGUGGUUGUGUCUCUAAAAAACGACUUUUGGGACUGGCUUUGAUAUUGCCGUCACAAAUUACAGGUUUUCCCUGCUCUUUCAACCGCUCUUUCCGUCUGUCACUUCAUAACAUAGUAAAUUCAAGCUGAGGCACUGAAGUAUCUUUCUAAGGACUGGAUUAAUCCCGUGUUUUCCCUCUCCACAAGCAAUUUGUAGUGUUCCUCAUAGAUUCCGUGUAUUCCAUUACCCGCAAGCAUUGGAUGCUCUCCAGGUUCUGGGCACAGUCCCUGUUCUGCAACACAGUCCAGCCAGGACAGUCACAGUUUUAUUACUGCUUUUUAUAGUGUCUGUGCAGUAACUUGUUGGAAGGAGUCAUGGCUCGUGCCCAUGUAGAGCUGCACUGUCUUAUGUGAAACACUCAUGUGGACUUGAAGGUUUGCUUGCAGAAUAACAAUUUUGUGUUAAAAAAAGACUACAAAGACGUGUAACUGGUCAUCUUGCCUUUGCUGUUAGGAAGCAUUUGAAGUUAAUACGGAUGUAAAAUUAUGGGGCUUGUAUUUUAAAUAAAGGAUAGUCUUCUGGUUGAUUUGGAAAUGUUCCUGGUUUGAAAUAGUGUUCAUUAAAGGAGUUCAUGGAAAAACAUUGAGGAAUGAAGGAGGUUUAGUAAUUAAUCUGUAUUUUGGGAGAUCAAACCUCUUCUCUGCUGAUUUAUUCUUUUUCUUUCCCUAAAGGACCUCGAUUUGGCAGUUGUGCUUCUGUUUAGGAUUGUUAGGAUUUGAUUGCUAUAUAGCUGGCAAUAUAAGAUCUGCAGUAUCAUAAAUAAAUUCAUUUAUUUAAUCUUGUAACCAGUCUUUUUACUGGAUUUAAUUAUUUGGUGCAUAUACUUAAUCCUACUGUGCAAAAAAGCUGCUAUGGAAAAUAUGUAGAUUAUAAUGAAUAUGUAAACCUAAUGGAGUUUCCAUGUUGUGGAGGAACGGAUAUAUUUUAGUAUAAAGACAAAAUUAUGCGGAAUUAUCAGUGAUAAACUGUACUGGAAAUGGUUUCAGUAUUGGCAGCCCCUCUGGUUUUUGUUUGUGUUGGUAUUGAAACAGAGUUUUGUGUUGAGAAAACACAAUUAACCUUGCAAUCGCCCCUUCCUCGUCUUGCUGUGGCCUUCUGAUAAUGUUUGGCAUUCUCCCUUGCUCUGAAGUGAGGCACAGAGCUGAGAGGAGGACUUGCUAGUUCUCCUGAACCAUUCUAGCAAUGUGGCUCUAUAGUCAAGGCCAUGGACAGGAAAAUGAAGACAAUGGAUUUUAGUCCUUAAUUGCAACUUUAGAAUUUAAUCGCAACUUGCAUGUAUGUCUCCUGUUGCUAAAUAUGUUCUCUUAGUUGUUUUGUUCUGUGUGAUUCCUCUUGAAUCCUCCUUUCUGUGGUUGCUGGCAGUGUUGGAAGUUUGUGCCUCCACUAAAAAGAUUUGUGCAAAGAAAAUUGUCUUUAAGCCAUAGAAAUGAAGUAAAUAAAUCCAGAAUGUUUCUACAAAUCUCUCGCCCAGAAAUGCUCUGUUACAAGAACAGGGCAUAUCAUUUCAUAUUUCAUGUUAUAGCCUCAUCUCCUUUUAAAUUUCUUCUUUAUUCUUACCCGUGCACAAGAACCUACUUCAAAGGCAUCCCACAACCUGGUAGCUCAGCGUUUGAACACGACCAGUCCUCGUGCUCCCUAUUGCCAGGUGCUUCAAAUGAAUAUUUCAAACCUUGCUUUUCAGCCUGUUUAUUCUUCAGGUGCUUGUGUGCCCUUCAGGAUUGCUGCAUCGAAGCAUGGGCUUCUGCCAGUGCCCACUGGCGAGCGCUGCCGUGGCCACAACUUAUCCCUAGCCCUUGGCUAGGAUAACGAUGAGCAACGAUGCUCAUCAACGGGAGCAACAACGGAGCAAGGACUCGGCCAUCGCGCGUGGCCCUGGGACCAGCCAGUGCCGUGGUGCUUUGGGAAGCCGUCCCUGGUCAGCGUUGAGUUCAGAAGCUGCAUAGCAAAAGGUGGUGUAAAUUCCUCCUGGCUUCGUUACCCCCGCACGAUCAACUCGUAUUUUUCUUUCGUAACUUUAGGAGCCCUUGCUUUUGGGAAGCCUUAAGUUUGCUGUGAGGAGAAAGAGUCAGUUCCUCACUGAAAGGUGAAAAUGGAAGAGCCAAAUAUGGUGGUUUUGGUGAUGCGGAGGUCCCAGAUAAGUUGGGUGACAGCCUGUCCCCCGAGGCCGUGUUCCUGAAGCUGCCCAAAACCGCUGCAUAGGGAGUGAAGGCUGGGCCUCCACUUUGGGCUGUUUAACUAGCAGUUUAGUCAAGGUUAUAAAUGCCAAAUGGAGCAGUUUGUUUCCCAGGACCUCUUGGUGUGCAUAUCCUUUUCCUUUUUUUUUAAACUUAGAACAGCAAAGAGAAUAACUGUAGGAUUUUGGAAAUAAUUCCAAAACUCUGUAACAAUACAGGAUUAUUCAGGCAGGGAGACUGAAAUGAGGAACAUACUUGAGAUAAAGGUGAGACACAUUCUA